AGAUUCCUUUCCCUUUCCGUUAGCAGGAUAGAGAGGGAGAGGAGCAGAAGAUAGCAGAGGGCCAGAGGCGCAGAAGGCAGUCGCGGACAGGAGGAAGAGGAAGAAGAAGCGGCAGCGAGCGAGGAUGCCGUGCCUGAACGUGUCGACCAACGUGAACCUGGAGGGGGUGGACACCUCCGCCAUCCUCGCCGAAGCCUCCAAGUCCGUCGCCAACAUCAUCGGCAAGCCCGAGGCCUACGUGAUGGUUGUUCUCAAGGGUUCGGUGCCUAUGGCAUUUGGAGGUACCCAGGAGCCAGCAGCUUACGGUGAGCUGGUUUCCAUCGGAGGCCUGAACCCUGAUGUGAACAAGAAGCUUAGUGCUGGCAUCGCUUCUAUCCUGGAGUCAAAGCUGUCUGUUCCCAAGUCACGCUUCUACCUCAAGUUCUAUGACUCGAAGGCUCAUCCUGCACAAGAAAAUGCUCAAUGUUUGCAUGCUUUGCAUCAAGAGUAGAUCAUCGCUCGGACUUCGGUUGGAACGGCUCCACCUUCUAGACUUGAGGUCUGCAGCUGAAAUAAAAGAAAUUCGUGGAAUCAUGGUACCUAAUGCCCAUGGCUAUUGCCUAUUAAGGACAAUGUCAUAAGAUGUGUCUUAAUCGGUGCUGAACUGAGAAACAGUAACUGUUGUCGUGGAACUGGAAGUGGGGUGCUGGCGUGUCAGAGUGCUUGCUUCCUACCUAGCAUAGCAUGCCUGUGCUAUCUUGUUAUUGGUAUUGGCUUGAUAUCAGUCUAUAUUAUCAUUUA